AUGAUUAAGGCAGCCUGUGCCUUCCUCCUCCUCUUCCUCCUCGCUGCGCUGUGCUGCCGGAGCCCAGCCCAGAGAGCCCCGGCCAUGCCGGACAAGUGCUGCUUCAACUUCCAGACGCGCAGGAUCAAGAAGGACAACAUCGCCUACUGCUACGCCACCAGCCCCGAGUGCCCGCACCGGGCCGUGAUAUUCCGGCUCAAGAACGACAAGGAGAUCUGCGCCCAGGCCGGCAGGGCCUGGGUGAGGAAGUACCAGGAGACCUUCAAAGUCAGCUCCUUCUCCCUGCCCAGCUAG